UUCACACAUUUACUAUUAUCUACAUGGUGAAUGGCAGAUAGUGCACUAUAUAGGGGAUAGGCAACGAUUCAUCUAUCCAAUUGCACACAGCGUGAACACACACAGCAGUGGCAGAUGUUUUUGCUGUGGCGCUCAGGGAGCGACUGGGGGUUCGGUAUCUUGGUCAAGGGCACCUUGGAGGACAUAAAUGGUACAUACAAUUAUGUAAAGAAAGCUGGAUCGUAUGGAUUGGAAACCAAAUCGGGAUGGGAGAAAUAUGGUUGUCAAUAAAGCAGCUGAUUAUAAGCGUCAGUACGAGGAUCUUCUGAUCGGUUCAGAGCUCAGAUGGGAGGAAACAUCACUCUGAACUGCAGCAUGAGAAACGGACAUGAAGUGGCCUGGUAUCAUCUCAGAUCUGAAGAGCUCGUUCUGCUGAUUUCUGGAGAGAAAGAUGUAACUGGAAGAAAAUUUCUGACCACCUACAAUCAAGACAAAAAUCAUCUGAAAAUGACUGCAGACAAAUGGAUCACUAGAGUUUCUCUAACUAUUUCAGGAGUAUCAGAGUCAGAUUCUGGUCUUUAUUUCUGUGGAACAAAAUCUGACGCUCCAGAGAUGCACUUCGACAAACCCAUCAGACUGGAGAAUCAGAUUAACGAACUGCCAAAAAACGUUGAUGUCACAGAUGGAGUGACGGUGACGGAGCGUGUGUUGAUGUUCAGCGUUGUUGGACUCGCUGUGUUUGUGUUUUUUCUGACUACAGUUGCUGCAGGAGGAAUCAUUUACCAUCGUGGACAGCAGAAAGGAUGGACAGAAGCGAAACGUGCACCUCUGAUGAGUUGUGAAUCAACUAAAUGACACAUUUAUGUGCUUUAUUUGACAAUCUGAGCUUUGCUCUGACAGUUAAAUCAACAUUAUUGUAGAGAAACAAAUACACAACUGUGGCUCAGAUGAUUUUGUGGUAAAUUUGGCCUUGUCAAUGAUAUUUACUUAACUAUGAAAGCACUGUGUCACUGCCUUCAAUGCAUUAUUUAUUAAUUCAACAUAUAUAAACAAUAUUCAAGCUAAGUAUUUUAAUUUGCACAACUGCAGUUCUGAAUGAGUUCAAAAAGAACAGCUAACAUCCCUAUCAUUAGACUGUAUCUUUAGACAUUAUAUAUUUAUCUACACUGAGCUUUAAAAUGUAAAUAUAAAUGUAAAUAUAAAAUAUAAACAGUUUUGUAGCACAUAAAGCUUGUUUAAAAAUGUCAACAGACGUAUUCAAUGAUAAAUGUGUCCUGAUCAAAUAAACAGCAGAAAAACUAAGAAA